AUGUGUUCACAGUCGGCUGGUUCAACGUGCUCUUGCUGCUGGCUUUGCUCUUCUUGCUGUGAGAGCUGUGGACUGUCAGACUGGACCCCCCCGGCCCCCUCAGACUCUGGGCCCCUGGGAUCUUCAGACCGCACUGGGGGCAGCUCUGACUGGAUUCAGGUCUCUGUGGUGUCUGGGGUCUCUGUGGUUCUUGUGGUGUCUGGGGUCUCUGUGGUUCUUGUGGUGUCUGGGGUCUCUGUGGUUCUUGUGGUCUCUGGGGUCUCAGUGGUUCUUGUGGUGUCUGGGGUCUCUGUGGUUCCUGUGGUCUCUGGGGUCUCUGUGGUUCUUGUGGUAUCUGGGGUGUCUGUGGUUCUUGUGGUGUCUGGGGUCUCUGUGGUUCUUGUGGUGUCUGGGGUCUCUGUGGUUCCUGUGGUGUCUGGGGUCUCUGUGGUUCUUGUGGUGUCUGGGGUCUCUGUGGUUCCUGUGGUGUCUGGGGUCUCUGUGGUUCUUGUGGUGUCUGGGGUGUCUGUAGUUCUUGUGGUGUCUGGGGUCUCUGUGGUUCUUGUGGUCUCUGGGGUGUCUGUGGUUCUUGUGGUGUCUGAGGUCUCUGUGGUUCUUGGGGUCUCUGGGGUCUCAGUGGUCCCUGUGGUCUCUGUGGUUCCUGUGGUUCUUGUGGUCUCUGGGGUGUCUGUGGUUCUUGUGGUGUCUGGGGUCUCUGUGGUUCUUGUGGUGUCUGGGGUCUCUGUGGUUCUUGUGGUCUCUGGGGUGUCUGUGGUUCUUGUGGUCUCUGGGGUGUCUGUGGUUCUUGUGGUCUCUGGGGUCUCUGUGGUUCUUGUGGUCUCUGGGGUGUCUGUGGUUCUUGUGGUGUCUGGGGUCUCUGUGGUUCUUGUGGUGUCUGGGGUCUCUGUGGUUCCUGUGGUGUCUGUGGUUCCUGUGGUGUCUGGGGUCUCUGUGGUGUCUGGGGUCUCUGUGGUUCCUGUGGUGUCUGGGGUCUCUGUGGUCCCUGCGGUCUCUCAGGGUCCUCUGCGUCGGCCUCAGACUGGACCAGGGCAGCAGCAGGUUCAGGCUGAGCUACAGACACCAGAGGGAGCAGACAGUGAGGCAUGUAGCUAG